UCACUCCACUUCUUGUUUGUGGUUCCACUUUUGCUUUCUCUGUUCUUCCAUUUCCGACUCUUCAAUUAAUCACGCAAAUUAUAGUUUGAAAUGCUCUGCCUUUUGCUCUUCUGUGUAGCUCUGUUUCUGAGGCCGCCGGCAUCAGCCUCGUGGGAUAGCUAUUCGCCGCCGGAGUGCCCGUACCCUUGCUUGCCGCCGCCCACCUCGGUGAGCAUCUGCCCUCCGCCGCCGCCUCCGGCGGCCAGCUAUCCGCCUCCAUCACCGCCGGUUGCUGGCGGUGCUACUCCGGGAUACUAUUAUCCUCCUCACAAUUACUUUCCGGCGCCGCCGCCGCCGAAUCCUGUAUUGCCGUGGUUCCCGUGGUACUACACGUCUCCUCCCUCGGCCUCGGCGGCUUCUUUUGUCGAGCAGGAUGCCGGCGUUCUCAUUGCCUCUUUAGUAAUGUUCGCGUUGUGUUUGAUUUUGUUCUAAAUUAGGCAUGUUAGUUUCUUGCCGGUAAUUGUAGCAAAUUGAAUCAAGAAGAUAAGAAGGUUUUCAAUUCAA